AUGAGUAACACAGUCAGUUUUCCCACCGGCUCAGAUGGAAUACCUCCCGACACGGCCUCUGCACUAUCGAUUGCUCAUCGCCACACUGCGCUCGAAGUGUGCGAGCUCGUCUACGGCCCUACGCUCCCCACAUGGGACGCGAUCGAGCGAUUCUACGAGACCAACGCGACGUAUGAGAACCCCCUUGUCACCGCCUCCUCCCGCGCCGUCAUCGCCGACGUACACGCGAUCUCCAGCCAGCUCGCCCAACUAGACAUCCCCCGCCCCCUCGCGCUCCUCUACGGCAUGUUCGGUCUGUCGCGCGGAAGAGGGUGGGGCGAUCCGUGGUUCAAGUUCAUGAGCAUGUGGAACGAGGUGACCGACGUUGCCGAGAACGAGAGCUUCGACGGACAUCAGAAGACGAUCGUGGAGCACGUCUUGCAUAUUGAUCUCUUACCUGGCCUCCUCUCGUCGUCGCUCCAACCCAAUGAACCUACGUCAAACUCCGUCGUCAUCCCCUUGUCCCUCCCCUACAGAACGCGACCGCCUUCGCUCAGCGCGCGAGGACACGGCGGCCAGAGCCCUCCGCCGUCUAUUCUCCACUUAUCUCUUCCCAUGAUGACUCGGCUGUCCUUCAAUGACGCUGGGAAGAUCACGCACCACCGGGAUUUCUGGGACAUCAAGGAUCUUCUGAACCUCCUGCCCGGGAUGUCCCUAGCGCAGUGGGUGACGACUCGGCUGGUCGCGCAGAGCAUUCGGGGCGUGGUCGGUGCAAGUCGAAUUCUCUUG